AUGAGGGAGGGAAAGGAUAAGGGACGCGAAUGGCUCUCCAGGCAUCUCGCCAGUGUAAAGCGACUGACAGCUGAUCCAGAACCAGAAGCGGCACUUUUCGACAGUGCCACCACAGUGUCCACCGACCGCGACCCUGUCUAUCAAAUUUCCCAUGCCAAAAAUCCCAGGUCAAUGCGCGUCAAGCUUGUUCAGGCACCAAAGGAGUGUUGUCCAACCGAUCCGUCUAUGGACCACUGCUCUUUUGCCUCGUUCUUUUCCUUGCAACAGCAGCAGCAGCAGCCUCCUACAGCCGCGUCCAACCCAUCGCGUCUCUUGUUGAAGCGCGACGAGCAAAGCAACAUGUUCCAGUCACACUGCGCUUUGGGCUCAUCUCAUCGACGUGACACUUUCGAGCCGCUGAGACCGCUCAAUGCCUUUCAGACAGACUGCUACUGUUGA